AUGAGGUUCUCCCAGCCAACGCAGCAGCGAUUGAUCAGCUGCAGCGAGGAGCAGCGAAACCCUCAAGAUCAGUGCCAUUCUGCUCCAGAAGAGGUGUCUGGCCAUCCCGAUGGAAGAUCCAGAUUCGACAGUGGGCCGGCGGGACGACACGGCCCCACAGCAGCAGAGCACAAGCUCUUGCUGCAACUGCUUCAGGAGCAGCAGGAGCAAAUGGUCACUUCUCGACAGUACAUUCAACAGAUGAUACGACAGCAGCAGCGACAGAUCAUGCAGUGGCAGCAACAACAGCAGCAGCAGCAACAACAACAGCGGCUGCCUUGGGUACUAGACAACCUAAAGAAAUUGCUGCCUCCUCAGUUGUUUUCUUGGCUUGUGAAGACAACAACAGAAAACAUCAGACGAAGCAUUCAUGGCGACAGCAGCAGCAGUAGUAGCAGCAACGGUAGAAGGAAUUGCAGCAGCAACAGCGGCAACAGCAACCGCAUCACCAGCAGCACAGCAGACGGGGGAGCACAUCUCGCUGCAGCGCUUCGACAGCUCCUGGCGGCAGUCCUAAGAGACCCAUCAACUCUUCAGUUCGCCGCUCCUGCUGCAGCUGAAACGGCAACAACUGCUCCAGCAGCAACAGCGAAACCAAUGGCUUCUUCGCCAGCUGCAACCCCUGUUGUAGCACCAGCUGUAGCACCAGCAGCAGCACCAGCUGCAGCACAAGCAGAGACAACCGCUCCGUUUCGAUCUCUUUCAAAUGGCCGCAAGAAGCAGUUGAAGCAGCAUGAGCAGCAGCAGAGUGAGCUACAUCAAACGGUUCAGCCUCGAGGCCGUGGCCGUUCCAGACUUGCUGCAGCUUCGUCUCACCAACAGCAGCAGCAGCAUCAGGGUGAAGGUGAGGGGUCGGACUGGCUGCUGCGGUACGAGGGCCGUAGGUUGGGCAUUUCUCUUCGCCGCGAAUCUGUUGAGCAUUCCUUCGACCCAAGAUACACUCACAACGUUAAGUUGUCCCCAGAUAGGAAUACAGCCACAGGUGGACGCAACUGGGGAAGCUCUCUGUCACGCUGCUGCUGCAGCUGGGGCUCGUUCUACUUCGAGGUCAAGGUGGGCCCUUUGGGUCCUCACAGUGGAUCAGGCCCCUCGGGAAACAUUGUUUACGCAGCAGACCAGGUGCCCAACUUGCCCAUCAAGGGUUGGGGCCCGGCGAAGACAACAAAGCAAGUGGCAAUGGAAUAUGAAGACGAAUUUGUUGUUGGCCCUCACAACGCCCUCGGUCCCUGUUUACGCAUCGGCGUGUCCUCUCGCUUAUCUCCUCCGCUGGCCCCUUUGGGUUCCAACCCGUUUGGCUACGCGAUUGGCUCCUACUGUGAGAUCCCCCAGCAGCGCGAGCUAGAGUCAUCACUUUCUGAAGAACGGUGCAGCUGCAGCUGCAGCACAUGUGGAAACAUAUGCAAUAACAAACCGAGCCCUAGUGACACCCCCAGUCUGCGCGAUAUUAAGCUAGUGAGAGGAGCUCCCCGUCGCCGGGGCCUCUUCGUGGUGACUCGAGGCCGUCGAAAACGCCUGAAGCGCUCAGACGUAUUUUUUCCAAUGCAGCCUCCUUGUGACGAGCCUUUAGGACCACAAGGUUCUACAGAGGCAGUAGAGGCAGUAGAGGGGGGUAAUGCGGCACAGCACCUUUCACCCCCAACAGAUGAAGCAAGCGACGAUCUUGCUGCAGCUGCGCUGGAUGCAGCAACAUCAGCGGCUGCCGCUAACGUUUAUGCAGGGUCUAGGAAGGGAAGGUUGUGCAGAUGCGGAUGCACGGCGUGCGGAGACCCCUAUGGGGAUGCCUCCAGGGCCUCUCAUAUGUCUGCUGCUGCGCCUGCUCUACGUGAUGGAGACAUUGUUGGCUGUUUCGUUCAUCUACCUGGAAGGCCUCCCGCCACUCUGGAGGACCCUCGAGGCCGUCCCAGUCUUUGGCGGUUCUUGCAGCAAGGACUCUUGUGUGACGUGACGCACGAGUCCACUCUGCCGAAGGGCGUCAUUUAUCCUCGUUCUUUCAUCUCCUUUUCCGUCAACGGCUGCGUCUACCACAGAGUCUUGGGGCCCCUGCUUUGCUGCGAACUGCACCCAGCUGUCUCCCUCUUUAAUGGGGCCUCUGCUACCCUCAACUUAGGCCCGAACUUUGCAUUCCUCCCGCGGGAGCUCCGGCGCUACUUCAGGCCUGCAAGGGAGAUGCUCACCUCUGUGUACCCGCUGAAGCACGACCUCGUGAAGUUUUACUUGCUUGCGGCUGACAGCAACAGUAGCGGCAAGAAUAGUAGAGAGGACGAAGCGGAUGCCAACCGAUCAUCCAAGCGACUGCGGACCAUCGCGGAGGUUGAAGGCAUGAAGGACGAAGCGCCAGACGGACAGCAGCAACAGCCACUGCGUUUCGUCCCAUUUGAUGAGGCGACGCAUCUUCGCAAGCUAAAGGCAGCAGCGCCGCAAUUUCCGUCGUGUAGCGCAUCCAUGCAGCACCAACAGCAGCGGCGGUUACAGCGUCAACAGCAGCAGUCGUAA